ACAUUCAACACAAUGCUUCAUGAAUCGCGAGAGGACUUGUUUGAGACCAAGGCGUUACGGAAGAGAAAUCUAAUUCAAAAUCUUAAAUCAUCGAAGGCGGACGUAGUUUGUCUUCAAGAGGUAUUCUUUGGUAUAGAUUUAGAGGAUAUUGUUAAGGGUUUGAGGAAGCAGUUUCCCUACUCAUUCAGUGGAUUGCAUGAUGACGUAAACGACUUUCCAUCCCAAGCAAGAGGAAGGCGACGACCACCGUGCGACCAUAGUAAACUCGACAAAUUUCUAACAUGCGCAAGAACAACUAACUGCCUUACUACUCCAUAUAAAGGAGAGUUGAACAAUUGCGUAAAAGUACAUUGUGUGCAAGAGAUUUCUGAGAUAUUCAAGAACGAUGAUUCUGAUUGUUUGAACUGUUUGGCUUCGUCGGUGAACAACAUGCAAAAGUGUUCAUCACCAAGGCCGGUACAAGGUGGUCGGGCGAUAAAUAAAGGAGGUCUUGUACUUUUAUCGAAAAGAAAAUUGAGUGAUGCAACGUUCAAUGCCUAUCACCCUGAGGCAAAAUUGUUUCGGACAAAUGGAUAUAUAAAAGCAGAUAUAGAUGAUGUCGCAACAGCAUUCUGUACAAGUCUUAGUGAUUCAUACGAAUGGUUUCUUGAACUCGACAUGAUAAAGAAUGGUACAUUUUCGUCGUACAGCGAAAUGAACACUCAUCAAACAAAUACUCUAAUCACAAGUGUCCGGGAUACCAAGACUGCAGUCAUUCUUGGUGACUUCAACGCAGGUUUAAGAUACGUGAGUGGACAAUAUACUAAGCAGGCCGAGAACUACUUGCGUUUUUUAAAACGUUUUCCAACAAUGCCAGCCAUACAAUACACAUAUCGUAAACAGACACGAUCAUCCUAUAGCUAUGUCAGGGACCAUGUCUUUGUGAAGAACAUGUUAUAUCGUAAAACAGAAAGAGUGUUUCUUCAUGAAGAAGAUGAAAAUGUUCGGAUCAGUGAUCAUGUCGGGGUACAAACGCUCAUCGAGCCACCUUGCUAA